AUGUCUCACCUACUUAAUACCGAAGAAAUUUGUGAUGAAGAAUGUGAGAAACAAGAUAAUUCUCAUACUCUCUAUCAAUUGUUAGUCGAUUGGUAUGGCACAUCCAAUCUGAAUCGCUCACUCUCUUCAACACAACUGACAGAUCAAUGGACUACAUUAUGGUUUGCAAAACGUGAACUACAAAGAUUAGCUGACGAAAAGCUGAUGAAAUAUCAUUCGGCUAUCGAACACUUUCUUGAUUUUCAACCAGCCACUCUAAAAGAAAAAAUCGCAUUGAUUAUUCUUUACGAUCAAGUCACUCGAAACAUCUUCCGAGGAACUGCCAAUGCCUACAAAUACGAUAACAAAGCUCAACAAAUUGCUUUAUCAUUGAUCGAAAAUGUGACCCUGUCCGAUAUUCCGAUCCAGUUUCUUCUGACUAUUCUUAUUUGUUUAAUUCAUUCGGAACAAAUCCAGCAUGUUGAUCUAGUGAAAGAUCGUAUUGAACAAUAUGUGUCAACCAAUUCGUCAGUCGAUUCGAAUCUUCUGCGAUCGUUGAAUGGUAUCGUGAGAAAUCAUUAUGAUCGUUUGGAAUUGUUCGGUCGAAUUCCCGAAAGAAACCGUUUUAUUAAUCGAGAAUCAACUCCAGCUGAAAUUUCAUAUAUGCAAGCUGUACAGGCAAAAGACGCUUUUUCUUUUUACUGA